GCCAAGGAACAAACACUAUGGAGGAGACCGGCGGCAGCCGAAAGAAAGCCCUGAAACGCAAAAGCGCUACCGAAGAACCUCAAGAGGCGGCAGUCGUUAAGGAUGAAGCGACAGAAAGCGGGGUCCAACCCCCCAAAGUGUCUGCCUUUCCUCCAGGCUUCAGCAUUUCCGAGAUCAAAAACAAACAGCGGCGACACUUAAUGUUCACGCGGUGGAAACAGCAGCAGCGAAAGGAAAAGUUGGCAGCUAAGAAAAAACUUAAAAAACAGAGAGAGGCUCUUGGUGAUAAGGCUCCACCCAAACCUAUACCCAAGACCAUUGACAACCAGCGAGUGUAUGAUGAAACCACAGUAGACCCUGCUGAUGAGGAGGUUGCUUAUGAUGAAGCUACAGAUGAAUUUGCUUCUUACUUCAACAGACAGACUUCUCCCAAGAUUCUCAUUACAACAUCAGAUAGACCUCAUGGGAGAACAGUACGACUCUGUGAACAGCUCUCCACAGUUAUACCAAACUCACAUGUUUAUUACAGAAGAGGACUGGCUCUGAAAAAAAUUAUUCCACAGUGCAUCUCCAGAGAUUUCACAGAUCUGAUUGUUAUUAAUGAAGAUCGUAAAACCCCAAAUGGAUUAAUUCUGAGUCACUUGCCAAAUGGACCAACUGCUCAUUUUAAGAUGAGCAGUGUUCGUCUGCGUAAAGAAAUUAAGAGAAGAGGCAAGGACCCCACAGAACACAUACCUGAAAUAAUUUUGAAUAAUUUUACAACACGGCUGGGUCAUUCUGUUGGACGGAUGUUUGCAUCUCUCUUUCCCCAUAAUCCUCAGUUUACUGGAAGGCAGGUUGCCACAUUCCACAAUCAACGGGAUUAUAUCUUCUUCAGAUUUCAUAGAUACAUAUUCAAGAGUGAAAAGAAAGUGGGAAUUCAGGAACUAGGACCACGUUUUACCUUAAAAUUAAGAUCUCUUCAGAAAGGAACCUUUGAUUCUAAAUAUGGAGAAUAUGAAUGGGUCCAUAAGCCCCGGGAAAUGGAUACAAGUAGAAGAAAAUUCCACUUAUAAAGUUAACUGAAGAAAUAGUAUUGGAUUUUGCAGAGCAGGCCUAUCUUGAGACUGUGACAGAAGAUGCUUCAAAAGGGCAUUUACUGAUAACACCUUUCCUGUCUGAACAAAUUACCUUGUGCCAUUACCUACCACUUACUGUAUCUGUAAGAAAUACAAAUAAAUGUGAUUUUGGUAAGA